AUGGACAUCGACAAGAGAUCCGCGACGAGCCACGACCUCGGCCUCAAAUAUCUCGAAGCCCGGCACCAGGAGGGCCUCAUAGUCAAAGACGACGACGUGCGGCGGCACCGGCUGCAGGUGGUCUUGCUGCAGGAAGAGAACGGCCGGCUGAAGGACCAGGUGUCGUCGCUCGGCGACCGUGUAGCCUCGCUCACUACCCAGUACGACGAAGCGCAGCGCCAGCUCGACAACCUCAACAACAAAUGUCACGAGCAGGACGACCAAUUGCGAGCACAGGCCCGCGAGCACACGGCGCUCCGGACAGAGCUGCUGUCCCUCAGCAGCGCCACAAACGAUUCGACAAAGGUUCUCACAGAAAAGCUAGCGUUGUCCCGCGAACUGGCCGUGCUCAAGCCCGAGAUCGAGCACCUGCAGUCGCAGCUGGCACACCAAAAGGAUGUGCUGUCCGAGAAGCUGGCGCUCGAGCGGCAACUCAACGCGGUCGAGGUGGAACUCGCAAACGAGAAGCGCGCUGCGCAGCGCGCCGCCGCCGCUGCGGCACAACGCCAGCAGACGGAAAGCGACAACAAUGAAGCCGAAGAAGACUUGCGGCGGCAGAUUCAAGACCUGGAGAAGAAGCUCUUGAACGAGAAGCGGGCCCGGGAAAAGAUGCAACGGGAGCAGGAGGAGGCCCGUAGCACCGACAGGGACAAGAUAACCAAGGCUGUCGAAGACGAGAAGCGCGAGAGUCUGCGUGCGAAAAAGGCUCUGGAGACGGAGUUGGCCGAGGCGCGCGGGCAGAUUGAUGUGUUUGAGCUACGCGUCGGCGACCUCAAGUCCAAGUUACGAGAGGUGCGAGAGGAGCUCAAGAGCGCGCGUGCCGAACUGGCGGCUGCUCACGACAAACCAGCAGCACAUAUUGCAGCAGCGGCCACGGUCAAAGAGGGCAUCAAGAAGACCAAGUCUGCGGCGACGUUGCCCGGCACGACAACGACCAAGGUGCAGACAAAGGGCCAGAAGAAGCGCCGGGCAGACGAGCCCAGCGGCCCCGAAUCGCUGCUGCAGACGCCUGGCAUCGGAGACGAAGGCCGCACGAAACGCCCGCUUAAGAAGAGGGGCUUCGACGCUGCUGUCGUGCAAAAGUCGACCUUUUCCAUCACGCCCUUCCUCAACAAGACGAGUAACCCGAUGGACGAAUCUGCCGAUGUGGCCGCUGCCGGUGCUGCCCCAGAAGCAGCAGACAAACCAAAGGCGUCGGACGCCGAGACGUCUGCAGAUGACAAGUCCGCCGCCGACAAGUCAGUAUCUGCAGUCGAGUCCAUGAUGACCGAGUCGACGCUUCCCGGUGAAGCCAGCGAGCUGCCGGAAGACUCCAUCAUGGGCCGGCGUGUGUCUGCGAGCGCCACGCUGUCUUCGGUCGACAUUAGCGAGUCCUCGUCUGUUCCCCCGACGGUCAAGGCCGUAGCACAGAACGUCGUGGCCGGCGCCAAGCGGCGCGGCCGGCCACCCAAGGACAAGGUCUUGGGCGAUGCGCCCCUCUCGAAGAAGAAUAUGAAGGUGCAGCCAGCUGCAGCCGAGAGCAAACCUGUUGCUGCCGACGAGCCUGCGUUCACCAAAGCCCCCGCCGAGGUCGUCAAGGCAAAGGAAGCCGUUGCCGAUGAGCCGGUUGCAGUCGAGCAGGAGAACCGACCACCGCUGGCAACGAGCGCAGCCGGCGGUGUCACAAUGAAGGUGAAGAAGAGUGCCGCGCCCAUUGUGGCCAAAGCAACGUCCGAGGCAGAGCCCAAGAAGAAGAAGCGCAAGAUUCUGGGUGCCGGUAGCAAGACGGUGUUUGACGACGACGACGACGACGGCAUGGGCGGGGAUGGUGCGUUGGCACGGCCAAUGAAGCCGGCAGCCUCGGCGGCGUCUGCGGCUGCUCCGGCAGGCGGGGGCGGUGUGAAGCGGGUUGUGAAGAAUCUUGGCGCAGGACGGACCACAGCAGCAGGCGCCGGCAAGCGGACGAUGCUGGGUGGCAUGCGGAAUGCGUUUGGUGGUGUUGGUGGCGGGAGCUUCUCACCGCUGAAGCGUGACCGUCGUGGCGUGAAUGCUAGUUUCCUCGCGUAG